AUGGUCAAUCAUGGUCAGUGCUGCGUCGCUGGUACGCGUAUUUUCGUUGAAGCCCCAAUCUAUGAAAAGAUGGUGCACAAACUGAAGGAACUCGCUGAAGCACGGAAGGUCGGUGAUCCCUUUGCCCCCGACACAGUGCAAGGACCAC